AUGCUUCAAAAAUACAAUCUCGUCGUCUCUGAGACCCCUCGCCUUGUUAUCAUACCUUAUACUCCAACUGGAGAAAUUUGCUGGAACUACUUAUCUGUUCUUCUAACAUGCUCAUUCCUCGUUUGCUCUCACUACUCCAUCAUGUUGUUUUGUGGAUUCAAAAUGCAUUUCAAUAUGAAAAAAGAGCUGCAAAAGUUCUCCGCAACUAAUAGACGCCUUCAGAUUCAAUUGUUUCGAGCCCUAGUUGCUCAGAGUUUGGGGCCAACUAUAUUUCUAGUCAUGCCGAUUGCUCCAAUUCUGUUGAGUCCAUUAAUCCCGCCUGUGUUUGGUAUUGAUAUUGAUUGGCAGACCGGGUGGUGUUUUACAAUGAUUGGUGUCUAUAGCCCAUUCGAUAGUAUUGCGUUCAUGUUGAUUGUCACCGAAUACAAGACGGUUAUCAAAGGUAAUUUUACCACAGAACUUUGA